AAUACGCAGCAGAGACUUAUAAAGGCUUUUUUGCUGUUGAAAUCUGUACUGAAAACCCGACCACGAAAUCGAAAUGGAAACUGCAGAAGAUAUAAAUGUCAAUUCCUUUCUCUAAUCUCUACUCAAGGUUGUUGGUGAGCCUCUCUUUAUCUCUUACUCGAUCGAUUUAUCCCUCUUUUUUUUAAUUUUUUUCUUAAUUUAGGGUUUCACUGAAUCCCAACAAGUGAUUGUGUUUUCUGAAAUCCAGAUGCGUGUUUUCCUAUAAUUACAUUCUUGAUUACGAAAUUUCAUGAGAAAUUCAUUUCUUCGUUUUCUUGUGGUUUAGUUAGUGGGAAUGUGAAUAUUUGCUUGAUGAUUCUCCCUCCUAUGGAAAUUGCCAAAUUCCUCACAAAAAAUUAUCCCUGUUGUGUUGAUUAGUUUAUGGCAGAAAAGCCAAGAAAAAUGAUACUGCAUUUGUCUUGAGUGAGGUACCAAGCAAUUGCACUUUUGAUUCUCUCUAUGAAGAAUAUCUAAAUUUUUCAUGUUUUUGUAAAUUCUAAGCAGAAUGGGGUUUACAUCUAAAAUGUUUGUCGUCUCCAGUCCUAUUUCUGAUGUUAAAACUUCUAACCAUGAUUACAAAACCUUAUUUAAAACCGCUCGACAAUGUCAACAACAUCAAAUGGUUGUUUUAAGAAGAAAUAAACAUCCUCAAAUAUCUUUGUAUGCCUCUCAUUAUCAUAUCAUGAAACCCCGACACAAGGCAACUACUACUACUACUACUACUACCUGCAUUCUUAAAGAAGAACGAGAUUCUUCUCCAUCUUUUACUUCAUGUGGGUUGAAGUUCAUUCGUGGUAAAAAGCUACUUAGUGAACUAAGCACUUGGAGGAUUGGAGGCCCUUGUAAUUACUUUGUCCAGGUCUCGGAUCGGACCCAAUUGCUCUCUGCUAUCAGUGUCUUGCUUAACAGAUACUGUCGCGAACAUUCGAUUCGGUUUCUUAUCAUCGGCAAAGGAUCAAAUUGUCUCUUUGAUGAUUCCGGUUUUGAUGGUUGCAUAAUUCUGAACAGAAUUGACUUUUUCGAAGAGGUGAAAUCGGGUAUAUACAGAGUAGGUAGCGGUUACCCGUUCAAUCAGUUGGGUGUCCGAUGCUCCAAUGAUGGAUUCACGGGUCUUGAGUUUGCAUCUGGUGUUCCGGGCAGUGUUGGUGGAGGAGCUUACAUGAAUGCUGGAGCUAAUGGACAAGAGAUUUCUGAUGUCAUUUCCAGUGUUGAGAUAUUACAGACUGACGGUAGACUUGAAACAAUAAAUCAAAACGAUCUUGCUUUCAGCUACCGCAAAUCAUCCUUUCAGGACAUGGAAGACUUGGCUGCAAUUGUGGCUGUUACCUUCAAGAUAAAACCUUUUCCAUUAGCAAGGGAACAACAGAAAGCAUACUUAACAAAGAGACGCUUAUCUCAACCACUGGGAGAAAGAAGUGCUGGAUCAGUGUUUAAGAAUCCAGAAGGCGUUGGCGUCUCAGCGGGAGAAUUGAUUGAAAAAGCUGGACUGAAAGGUUUCAGAUUGGGAAAUGCAAAGAUAUCUGAAGUCCAUGCAAAUUUCUUUAUCAAUUGUGGUGGCUCAACUUCAAAAGACAUGAUUGAACUCAUAAACUUGGUUAAGGAGAAGGUCAAAGAUAAGUUCAACGUAGAGCUCAUUGAAGAAAUACAAUAUGUUUCACCCAUUUGAUCUUUGAUGUUUCAUAUAUAAUCUUUUCAUAAAUGGCAUUCGAGUUUUGUGAUUAAGGUAACUGUCCCAAAGAUGCUGUAGAAGCAAAUAUAUUCUGUUAUAAACAGUUCACAAUUCUAUGA